UUUCUUCCACUUGUUUGCCACUGUCCAGCAGUUUAACAAAGUCUCUUUUUUUGUAUCUGAAUUUACAAAGAUCCCAAAAAGAGGAGCUUUUUGAGGCACUGAAAGUUAAUUAAUUGAUUAAAAGUUCAUAUUUUUCACUUUGGUGCAGGUAUGUCGACUAUAAGCAUUCCUUCAGGUUCUUUGCUCAAAGUUGCACCAUCAAUUAGAUCCUCCGCCUUUACCAAGCCCCAAACCUCUUUAGGUUCCAUAAAGAGUAUUUCUAAAUCAUUUGGCUUGAAGUCGUCAUCGUCCUCCUUCAAAGUCUCGGCAAUGGCAGCGUACAAGGUGAAGUUUAUCGGCCCUGAUGGUAACGAGAACGAAAUUGAAGUCGCCGAUGAUCAGUACAUCCUCGAUGCAGCAGAGGAAGCGGGAAUGGAGUUGCCUUACUCAUGCAGAGCUGGCUCUUGCUGUACUUGUGCGGGCCAGUUGGUUUCUGGAUCAGUUGAUCAAUCUGAAGGUGCAUUUCUCGAUGAUGAUCAAAUGGAGAAGGGUUAUUUGCUUACCUGUAUCUCGUACCCGAGAGCUGACUGUGUUAUUCAUACACACAAGGAAGAAGACGUCGUUUGAAAAAUGUUAAAGAGUUCAUUUUGCUUCAUCGAGAGCGAUACAAUUCUUGUGUCAUAGAUGCGGAAAUGAAAUAAAUGAAGAAAUCGGUAUGUUGCCUCCCAGAUGGGCAUAACUGUGUCUGGUUUAUGGCAUAAACUGAAGUAUUUGUCAAACACCAUAUUGCUUUCUCAACUUAUCCAUUUGAUUACUGUUGAAUUUGGGACUAUUGAACUUGUGUGAUGUUUUGUGUAUUAGAAGAUUGGCUCA